AUGAAGGCGUCCUUUACCCAGCUGGCCUUGCUGGCCAACGUCCGCUAUGCCGCCUCCUACGCUGGAGCUGAUGAGCCUCCCGAGUUCGACUGGGCGAGCAUUACGCCCUCGCGCAGCCUCGAAUAUCACCCCUGCUACGGCCCCGAGUACCAAUGCGCGCGGCUCCUCCUCCCGCUCGACUGGCACAACACCAGCGACCCAUCGUCCACCGUUAGCAUUGCCCUCGCCAAGCUACCCGCCGCCGUGCCCGCCUCGGACCCGUCCUUUCGCGGCACCGUCUUCACGCAGCCCGGCGGGCCAGGCGAGUCCGGCACCCUGUACCUGCGCGGCAACGGCCGCAAACUGCGUGAUGUCGUUGACGUCCCUGGGAAGCAGCACUACGACCUGGUGGCGUUUGACCCACGCGGGACGGGACGCAGCACGCCUCGGCUUGACUGCUUCCCGGGACUGCUGGGGUACAUCAGGACGCAGGAGAGGGACCUGGCCGAGGCGGUGGACGUGAGCCGCGCGGCGCUGGCGAGGGCCGUGGCGGCGGGCAAAGCGGAUGGGAGGAGGUGCGCGGAGGAGCAUGGCGACUUUUUGAGAUUUGUAGGGACAGAGAGCGUGGCGAGAGACAUGCUGGCGAUCCUGGACAAGAUUGAGGAGGAGAGGCCGAGAGGUAAGGCCGUAGAGCAGCAGGAGGAGAGUCGACUGGAGCUAAGGGGAGAAUCUGCGAAGGAGAAGGGUGUUGCACGGCUGCAGUAUAUUGGCAUUUCGUACGGUACCUUUCUGGGCAGCGUCUUUGCCUCUCUGUUUCCCGGCCGCGUCGGCCGCAUGGUUCUUGACGGCGUUGUCAACCCGUUUGGCUAUCAAGAUGGCUCUGUCGCUGGCCUCGACGACAUGGAUGAAAUGGUAGACCUCUUCUUCCAGGGCUGCUUCGACGCCGCCCACCACUGCCCUCUGCGGCGCGCCCACGACGCCUCUGGCGGCGACAUCAGCCGGCGCUUCUGGUCCUGGGCGUCGUCGCUCCAGGACUCGCCGCUCACCAUCCACACGCCCGACGGCAACCGCAAGUUUGUGGCCCCCGCCACGGUGCGGCAGCUGCUCAUCACGGCCAUGUACCACCCGCUCACCGACUUCCCACCCUUGGCCGCGGCCCUCGACGCCGCCAUGACGCACGGCGACACAUCGGCGCUCUCUGCGCGGAUCCUCGCCACCAUGGCGUACGCGACCCUCGACGACGCGCUGCGCGCCAACUUUACCGCGGCGACCCUGCCCGUCGACGCCUUUGCGGGCAUAUCGUGCGCCGACGCCGUCGUCGACCUGGCAAGCCGCACGCUCGACGACUGGCAGGCGGCGCUGGACAGGUACAGCGACAUGUCGCGCGUCGCGGGGCCGUGGGUGCUGUACAUGCAGACGCUCUGCGCGGGGUGGCCGCUGCGUUCGGAAUGGCAGUUUCCUCGGGGCGGGCCGGCGGAGGGCCGGCGGGCGGCGGCACCGUUUCUGUUCCUGUCGAACCGCUGGGAUCCGGUGACGCCGCUCCGAGACGCGAGGAUCGCGCGGGAUGCGUUUCCGGGCGCCGGGCUGGUGGUGCAGGAGACCAUGGGCCACUGCGCGACGCUGGGCGCCAUGGGACCCUGCUUGAGGGAUGUCGUGGCCGAGUAUUUCGAUACAGGCGCCGUGCCCGAGGAGGAAGUGACGUGUGAAGCAGCACGUCGUGUCUGGGAUUCGUAA